UCGAUGGACACUACUGCGUGCGUGUGUGGGCCGAUGAGGCUUGUCUUCUCUUGUUUUAAUCAAUAUCGUCGAUCUUUAUUAUUGUGUGACUGCAAACAGGGAAGUGUCACUUCCCCAUGCUUUCUUGGAUUGGUAGGACAUACUGAUGAGACGUGACUGAAGACGGAUUCAUUAACAAGGAUCAGUUUGACUAGGCUCCCUGUUCUCAGUACAGUUUGAGGUGGGAUGUUUAGAGGGACGUGGGUUGUGGUUGCCGUGGCGCUCAUCUGCUGCAGCUCCACCUGGGGCCUCGAUGACAUCCAGGCAGGUGUUCCACCAGAACUGACCCGUAGAGCCAUGCAAGAUGCCAUGGAUGAGAGGCAGUCCGAUGAAUACCGCCAUUUGUUGGCUGACCAGGUCGAGAUCCAGCGUCGGGCUGAAGAAGCAGAAAACCUUGCUGCAGCAGAGGAAGAAUACGAGAGGAUCAAAUACAACAUGAAGCGAGAAGAAGAUGCUGAGGACCCUGAUGCUGAAAGCAGUCGUGUGUCAGCUCAUAUAUCUGCAGAUAAAAGGAUCAAGAGAUCCGGUCAAGGUGCUCCUAUGGGAAGAAGCAAUCGGUUUUGUGAUGACGCCCAACACGGGCUGAAAUAUGACUGGGACCCGGAUAAUCCUGCUAAUGCCAUCAACUAUACAUGUUACAGUCAGCAGCUGGACCCUAAACAUCAAACGUUUAAAGUCCACUGUGAGCACCCACACAAGCCAAUCCAUCGGUGUAUGCAUUCACCCCUCCAUAAGUACUCCGAUCCACCAAUCAGCGGUGACCAUCGACCUCUGUGGGCCAGGUACGGAGAAUACACCUUCCUUCCAUGGCAACGGUGGCUUCACAACCUGGAGCAUGGAGCGAUAGCGUUCUUGUACCACAAGUGUGCUGACCCUGUGGAAGUGAACAAAACUCGCCAGAUGCUGGUCAACUGUCUGAGGAAACAUAUCAUCACUCCGUAUGCUCUCCCAGAGGACAAGCCCUUUGCUCUGCUAUCCUGGGGCUGUAUUCUCCCAAUGACUCACUUUGAUGAAACCACGGUCUUCAGAUUCAUCAGGCAACAUGGAAUGCAUGGUAGAGAGAACAGUGUCACGCUGGAUGGCCAGUACUCGAAGCUGCUGACUGUGCCAGCCAAAGUGGUCUCUACCUAUGAGGAUGUGGAUAUAUGUCCAUCUUCCAACUUUCCGGAGCUGCGUUAUGUCGCUGCAGUGGGGCAUGCCACGAAGAAACAGAUGCUUGGUCUCAGGGAAACAAAACUGCCGUUGUCAGCGAAGCAGAGGAGGAUCCAACGUCACAGAAAUGCCAGCUUGGCAGAGAACGCCCACAAGUCACAACGACACAAAAAGGCAUCAAUGCUGAGCACAGAAGCGAAGAGGAAAGCGAAACGAUCUACAGACUUUGUCGCAUCGGAGCAGAAAUUGGCAGAAGGUGACUCUUCAAACAACAAGAGAAUGAUGGAAAAGCGAGAAGCUGGUUGGCUGAGAGAAGAGCCAAGUCAGGUUGAAAACGAGGCUCGGUUGUUGGAAGGAGAUGAAAGAGAGGCUGAAGUGGCACGUCUGGAAAGAGGCCUUGAUAAAGUCAAGAGACUGUUCCGUUCAAAUGUAAAGCCAUUCUUAAAUAACUGAAACUAGCCCAAACAUACAUGUGUGGGAAAAAAAGUAUUUUAUGCGCAGUGAAUGCUGCGCUAUACAAAUGCAUAAAUUAUUAUUAUUAUUAUUAUGGUUAGGUGGUGGUUUAACAUCUUACAGGGAGAACAAAGUAGGGAUCUAAGGUGUCACAAAGUAGGGAUCUAAGGUGUCGCAAAGUAGGGAUCUAAGUUGUCACAAAGUAGGAAUUUAAGGUGUUGCAAAGUAGGGAUCGAAUUACAAUGAUGAUGGAAAAGUCACACUUGCACUUUAUUCAGUUUGUACAAAAUUGUUUCCUUCACAUGAUACUGGUAAACAUCAUUGCAACAGUGUACAUGAUAACUUAACUGCACUGCUUGCUGGGUAGAUACUAUUGAAUUGUUACAAAUGAAAUUAUCAUAAUACUUAACAAUGGAAUAAAGCUUUCCUGAAUUA